CUUGUGCAACUGGUUGGAUGAGUUUUGGUGAGUGACUGAAUUCGCUGCAGCAGAGAGGAGCACACUGCAGAGUUGUGACUGUUUGUGUGACAGAAAGCGAUAUACAGGUGAGGCUGACCUGUCCACACCUCUCUGACAGCUCAUGGCAGCAGCAGCAUCCAACCCUCUGACCACUCAUGUGCUGAACACUGGAGAUGGCAUCCCUGCAGCCAAGAUGGCAGUCAGCCUGCAUCUCCUGGACUCCGAGCUGAUGAUUUGGAACAUGCUGAGUGUCGGGACAACAAAUGAAGAUGGCCGCUGCCCAGGACUCAUCAGCGCUGAAGCUUUCAUCUCCGGCAUGUACAAGCUACGCUUUGAGACCGGUUCAUACUGGGAGGGUCUGGGUCAGACCUCCUUCUAUCCGUAUGUAGAGGUCGUGUUCACCAUCACUGAUCCGCAGCAGAGGUUCCACAUCCCAUUAUUGAUGAGUCAGUUCUCUUACAGCACCUAUAGAGGAAGCUGAAGGGAACAUUUAACUUUUUAUCUAUUUUCUCUCUCAAGUGCAAAAAAGUGUACAACAGCAGACAGAACAAGGUCAUGGCCUUGUAGCAUACAUCAUACAUACAUACAUACAAAGAAAAAAGUGAAUAAAGUAGAGUUAUGCAGUUGGUAGGCUACACUUUACCAACAAAGCCCAUGUUUACAUGGAAACAUCAACACACACAGCCAACGUUACAGUUGACGGCUUUCCUAUUCCCUGAAAUACGCUUUUUAAUUUCAUUCAUCAGAGUAGAACUUAUCUUUAGAAUUUUUGUUGUAGUCAGGAAACCAAACAACACAUCUUCCUUCUUCAGUGACAGAUUGUUCCCAAAACUCUCAGAGCACUGAUAGCUCCAAAGCAGAGCUCAGAAGACAAGCGGCUGCAGCUUCAACACCCUGACCCAGCCAUGGACAUAGAUGGAAUGUCACAUUUUAUUAAUUUCUUAUUGAUAUUAAAAGUUUCAUUAAUUAAAAAUAUGUGAAGCAUCUGCCACAGCUGAAAUGAUUAGUGACUUAAUUUUCCUAAUUUCUGAUUAUUCUUAUUAUACAUGGAUAAUGGUUCAACUUAAAUUACAGUGACACAUCAAUAUUGCAGUCUAAAAGCAUGGCACUGAAAAUACAAUUUGAUCACUAAAAUGGUAAUUUAUCUGGGGAGUAUUUCAAUAUUUAAGGUAAUGACAAAUAUAUUGUUGACUCUUUACUCCACACGGCUGUGUUAUUUCCUCCAAGUGUACCUAGGACUCAAGUAGAACCCUGGGGCUAAGAUGAUCAGUUGACGUACAAGUUAUAGACAGGUUGGAUGAUUGAUAUAGAAAAUGCCAAAUUAUAGAUCAAUUAUACCAUUGUUCUGUGAAUUAAGGCAGUUCUCUUGUUUUCUUUGAUAUAAAAAAAUCAUGUAUUUUGGACUAUUGGUCAGACAAAGAACCAUGAAUGCUAACAUGGGCUUCAGGAAAUUUUUAAAUGACACUUGCACUGUCUUCUGUUCUUUCAGGCUCUGAACAAUUAAUCAAUUAAUAGACAUUGCAUCCUUAACAGUUCCCCUGUGUUGGAAUAAUAUGGCCCUGCACAAUAAUUCUUAUAAUUGUUUUACACACAGAACUAGUGGAAGAGGUUUCUUAAAAUACAACUUUUAAAACACGGGAGCAAACUAUAAACUGUGAUGUUAAGUCCUGUUUUAAUGUGACUGUGUGUGUGGUUUCACACAUAAAAACAAGCUGGAGGAUGGAGAACAUCUUGCAGAUGAAUAUAGAGUAUUUCAGUGGUGGAAGUUUCCAUAACUUUUAAACAUGUAAUGAUAAUAGUGUUACCACGUGCUUUUGUAACAGUUACAUGUUAGAGCAUUGGAAAACGUCUCUGUCUCAGCCAAUCAGAGCCAAGGUGUAGUAUGGCUGACACACAGUGUUAGCCCAUCUCAUACCUGACUGUAAUAAAGUCAUAUUUAAACAAAACACAUAGAUUUACGCACAUUAUGUCAGUUAGCUAUAUUAUAUAGUGGUAAAUCUGUAUUUUGUGAUUCAAAAUAAAUUUGUGAUUGCUACAAAA